UCCAGGGUGUUUUACUGAGCCUGUCGUCCAAUCAGUGCAUUUUUCCUAUAAUAUGCAACCAAUCAGCGGCUCGACGGACCCCCCAGAGAUAUCGAAUUAGGUUGAGGAAAUUGAGAGGACUGCUGCACAUGCGCACUGAGCCUAGAGAGGCAUGGAGGGGCUAUCGGUAGAAGUUCGGGGAUCUAACGGGGCGUUUUAUACGGGUUAUGUACAAGAUGUCCACGAAGACUCUGUUACUAUCACCUUCCAGAACAACUGGAUGCCUGAGAGACAAAUCCCAUUUAGUGAUGUGCGAUUGCCACCCGUCUCUGACUGCUCAAAGGAAAUAGCUGAGGGAGACCAUGUGGAGGUCUACUCCAGAGCUAAUGAGCAGGAGCCUUCUGGCUGGUGGGCUGCACGAGUUCGCAUGAUAAAAGGAGAAUUCUAUGUAAUAGAAUAUUCCGCCUGUGACUCUCCCUAUAAUGAGAUUGUCAGUCUGGAUCGCUUGCGGCCCAUGAAUCCAAAUGGAGAAGCAACAAACAGAUCUUUCUACAAGCACAGCUUGCCAGUCCCAGAGGAUUUGAAGGAGAUUUGUUCCAACCCUGAUGUGCAUAAGGAGUUUAUGAAAGCUGUUGGAGCCAAUUGUAUUUUCCUGGACAAGACGGGAAAAGAGCUGAUUAUUCUGUCCACCAAUGAUUCAGUUGUCAAACGGGCAACUCUCCUGGCUGAUAUGCACCUGCGGAGUAUUCGGACCAAACUCCAAUUAAUGGCACGAAAUGAAGAGGCAAGCAAACAGCUAGAGACUAGUAAGCAGUUUGCUGUUGCGUGUCGGGAAGAGUUUUGUGUGCCAGAAGAUCUUAUUGGCCUGGCUAUUGGGGCACACGGUGCCAACAUCCAGCAAGCUCGCAAAGUGCCAGGGGUAACGGCUAUUGAAUUGGAUGAGGCAACAUCAACCUUCCAUGUAUAUGGAGAAACACAGGAGGCGGUGCGUAUAGCUCGUGGAUAUUUAGAGUUUUGUGAAGGUUCCAUGCAAGUUCCAAGACCACUUGUGGGUAAAGUCAUUGGUAAGAAUGGUAAAGUGAUCCAGGAAAUAGUGGAUAAAUCUGGAGUAGUACGAGUGAGAGUGGAGGGUGACGGUGAAAAGGCAGAGCAGAGAAAAGAGGGUUUGGUCCCUUUUAUCUUCAUUGGCACAAAGGAGAAUAUUAGCAAUGCCCUUGCGCUUCUGGAAUAUCAGAUAGCUUAUCUACAGGAAGUUGAACAGUUGAGAAUGGAGCGCCUUGUGAUUGAAGAUCAGCUCCGUCAUGUAGGAGGCGGAUACCGAGUCAUGGCACCCCGGGGAGAGAAGGAAAAUGGAGGAGACCAAACUGACAGCAACUCACCUCCCCCUAAUACCAAUCGCCCUUCGGGUGGAAGAGGUCGGGGCAGGGGGGAUAAUGCCACAAACCAUCAACACUCCAGCAGACUCGAUACCGAUCCUGAGUACAAGUUAGACGCUAAUGAUAGAGGUGGAGACUCACGGAGAAGAGGAGGCAGAGGAGGUGCAGGGAGAGGACGAGGAGCAAGACAUCCCCCCUCACAUGCAAACAAUGACUUUACGUAUGCCGACAAUAAACCACUUAAUGCUCACCCUAAUAAGAAUGAGGAUGGGUUCAGAGAAUCGCAAAGUAACCGCUCACGGACAUCACGAAGGAGAGUGACUGAUGAUGAGCGGACUGUGAUGGAUGCAAAUGGAGAAGGUCCCCCCGAAUUCUCCCAUAAUGGACUGGAUAGCGACCCUAAACCCCCACGCAGGAACCGGAGCCGCCAAAGCAGGUCCAGUGGUGAGCAAGAUUCUGCCAAUGACAAACAAACAGUGACUGGUGCAGAUCCUGUUCCUAAAGCAGUUUCUCAGCCUGCACCAAAAAAGGAUUCUAAGGCAAAACUACCGGACAAGAAAUCUACGAAGGACAAUAUUGUAACGAAUGGGCCAUCACAGAAGCAGACCGAGCACCUGAAGGACACAGAGGCAGUUGUUAAUGGCACGUCAUGAAGAAGAAAGGACUGCUGCUCUCUUCCAGACUAACCCCAGUGAGGACAACUGUGAGAAUGGAGGAAAUAUGAAUCCUCCACUCCCUGCUUAAACUGGAAUAUCUAUGUACAAAUAUAUAUAUAUGUACAAACUCAA